CCGGUGUCGGCUCCGCCCCUUCCGGCUUCGUUUCUUUAAGGCCCCUGAGGCGCGGCGGCGGGAGCGUUGGCGGCGCUGGAUGACCAUAACUAAACAAUGUCUGUACCACGUGGAGCUGUCCAUGCAAAAUGGAUAGUUGGGAAGGUAAUAGGAACUAAAAUGCAGAAAACUGCCAAAGUGAGAGUGACAAGGCUUGUGCUAGAUCCUUACUUACUAAAGUUCUUUAACAAACGAAAAACCUAUUUUGCCCAUGAUCCAUUGCAGCAGUGUGUUGUUGGAGACAUUGUUCUUCUGAAAGCUUUGCCUGAGCGAAGGAGCAAACAUGUGAAACACGAACUGGCUGAAAUUGUUUUCAAGGUUGGAAAUGUCAUAGAUCCAAUAACAGGAAAGCCCUGUGCAGGAACCAGAUUCCUUGAAAAUCUGUCAGAUUCGGAAAAUCUGACAGAGGCAGAUACUACCUAUCUAAGUGAAAAACUUCAGGAACUUAAAGUUUGUUCAACAGACAAAUAGUGGAGAAAAUAUUUAAACAGAAGGCUUUUCACUUUGUCUCUCAGGGAUGUUUGGAGCCCUGCUGUUGUAUGUUAAAUGUUUCAGUGAAAUCUGUAGUCAAAAUAAAUAGUAAAAGUAGUUGCUUAUAAGAACAGAUGUUACAGAUUGAUAGGCACCUCAAAUCUUUAAAUGAAAAUACAAAGAAUGUGAGUUUAGUAUUAACACUUCAUUUUGUUGCAUGUAGUUUUCCCCAAGCCUUGACAGUUUCAAAAGCCAGCUUCUUGCUUGGAAUGACUCUUCUGGGUUGAGAGAGACAAGAAUAUAAUUGUAUAAUGUUUAAGUUUGGUGGGAGGGUCAUUACAUUAUUUGAUCUGUAUUUCAGACAGUCUUUUGUGGUUUGUAGGAUUACUUAAGCUAUUGCUAUUAAACCUUUUGAAAGGAAGUGUAGAAUUUUAAAACCAGCGACCUGCAUGUGUCCUUAUUUCCUCUUACAGUUGCUCAUACCACAUUGCAGUAUCUUCUAACUUCCAAAAUCUCUUAACAAAAACACAGCCACUUGCCUUUAUAAUGGCAGUAAGGUGAGAAUAAAAACUUUGGGUAGCUUCAGCAUGGUUGCCUUUGUAACCUGUAUGAAGGAAGUAUUUAGUUGUGGGAGAGAUGGAUCUCUGAACUGCCAGCAGGAAAUAGAAGCUGAUGAGAAUAUAAAGCCAAAAAAGUAGAAGUAAAGAUGGUUAGAUUUAGUCUCAUCAGAAAAGCUAAUUAAAACACAUUUGGGGAGAGAUACAGGUACUGAUUUGCUGUGUACUUUAAUAUGAAACUAGAAGGCCAUAGCAGUUAAUGAUUAAAGAUCACUUUAUCCUGCUACAGCUCUGGGAAUCUUGUGUCCUGUCUUCCAGGACAUAAACCAAACUAAGAGUGUGCAGCUGUUACAGCAGCCUUGUGUUGCUGACUUUUCAUUCAGAUCUAAAGGGGCAUCUGCCUCAAACCCCAGCAUUUGUGGGUGUGUUCCAUGUGUUCCAUGUCCCUGUAUGGAGGGGAGAGUGGUAUAUUAAAGCUAUGAGAAAUCCUUUUUGAAGUGUCUACCUAUGUCAUGGGUCUUGGUUUAAGAUCAGAAGCUAAACAAGCUGUAUCUGAACAGAGUUCCUCUGACCUAAAAUAUCUUACUUUAAGAAGCUGAGCCAGCUUACACUAGUAAGUUAGAAGUUGUGUUCUCUUCUGUUGUCAGAGUGGUGUAAAUCACUUGCCCUUUAACUUCCUUCACCUGCACAAAAUCAGUUUCAGCUGCGUGCAAAUUGCUAAUGAAGUCCAGUUGAACUCAGCAAAUUAUUUGGGCUGGGAAGAAUGACUUACAUUUUCUUCAGUGCUUCAAACCAAAAAAUACUGCUCUUUGAAUGCUAGUCCUCAAGUACUGUCCUGCAUGUCAGAUCAAUAAGCUGGGAUGUCAAGACAUGUUGAUUCAAAUGUCUCUGUGUAAAUCAAUAAAUGUGAACAGGGUCUCUGA